CGGCGAUGUUGGCAGUGCUAUGAGGACCUCGGAGCCACAUAAAAGUAGCCAGGACCCCUCUCGAACGCCCCCCGACGGUUACAGCCGUCGAUAAAAGGCCGAAAACCCCGCGCUCUCCUGGCGGGUUUCAGGCUCUCACAACUUGAGACAACUUGAGGGACCACAGCUAUCGCAUAAAUGCCCUAAACACACGCGUGAGGCCGUAAACGUGACGCUGCCAAGCACUUGACCGACUGCCAAAGCGCACCGCGGCCGGAGCAUGGCGUCCCAGGCAAUGGCAGCGCAGGACGAGGCCGCCGCGGACGUAGCGGUGGCCAAACGCGUCGAAGCCAUGCUCAGGCACGAGGGCCUCAACCUGAAAGGAUCGUCCGACACCCAAGCCUGGGCCUCGCCGUCCGACUUCUGGCGCGACGCGUCGUACCGAGCGACGUGGUACAGCAAAGCAAUUGCCUACUGGGAGAACGACGCAGAGGUGCCCGCCACGGUCGACGGCGUCCUCGGCGGCUUCGCGUCCUUGGACGCGCCGGACGUGCGCGCGUCGCGGCGCUUCCUCACGCGAGCGCGGGACGCGGCCGGCCAGAGCGGCGCGUUCGCCGCCGCCGACGUCAGUGACCGUGCGCGAAUCAAGAUUUCAUGGCGCCUUCGCAUUCGCCCACGCUGAGCCAGCACGACCGCUCGCACGCAGGUCGCCGCGGGCAUCGGGAGGGUGGCGAAGCACGUGCUGUUGCCGUUAGGCGCUUCCAGUGUGGACGUCCUCGAGCCCGCGAGGACGUUGCGGGAGGCGGCCUGUGCGUUUGUCGACGCCGUCGAUACGGUCGAAGGCAUAAAGGUGGGCGGUUCCGCAGCAAAGUGCCGCUUCCUCGCGGCGCCCAUGCAGGACUGGGCGCCAUCAUCAUCAUCGUAUGACGUGAUCUGGGCGCAGUGGUGCGUCGGGCACCUCACCGACGCCCACUUCCUGCGCUUCCUCCAGAGGUGUCGGACGGCGCUCAAGCCCAAGGGCAUCCUCGUCGUAAAAGACAACUGCGGCGAGUCGUCAUCCACGGACGACUGUUUUGAAGUUGACGAUGCCGAUCGGAGCAUCUGCCGCGGACGCGCCUAUCUCGAGGCGCUCCUCGCGCUGAGCGGCGCGGAGUUGCUGUGUACGGCGCUCCAGCCCGUAUCCGGGGAGGAGGCGUUCCCGGCGGAUAUCUAUCCGGUGCGGUCCUACGCGCUGCGCUGGGUUGAUGAUGGAGUCACGUAAGCACCAUGUACACAUUUAAUUCUCUCUUGGGCGACUUGAGCGCUCCUGCGACGGCGUCGACGGGGC